AUGAUAUUCUCACAUGACGACUACACGGUCGCGUGGAUCUGCGCCUUGCCACUGGAAAUGACAGCGGCCAAGACGAUGCUGGACAAGCUCCACCAUCCACUGUCCCAGCCCAAAUCCGACCACAACGCCUACACAUUUGGUAGCGUUAGUGGACACAAUAUAGUAGUGGCCUGCCUACCGUCGGGCGUUUACGGAACCACCUCUGCAGCAGUGGUGCUUGCUCACAUGCUUCCAACGUUUCCGUCUCUUCGAUUUGGUUUGAUGGUAGGCAUCGGGGGCGGUGUACCUAGCAGGGAUGCCGACAUUCGCCUAGGCGACGUGGUUAUCAGCAUGCCAACUGCGACCUCUGGGGGCGUGGUUCAGUAUGACUAUGGGAAGACGCUUCGUGAUAGAUGCUUCGAACGCACUGGGUCGCUCAACAAGCCACCGCAAUAUUUGUUAACUGCAAUAUCUCAAAUGCGCAGUGGGAUCAUGGGUGGAAGCACACUGAUUGAAGAAAUCACAUCAGAGAUACUUCCGAAACACGAAAAGCUUCAACAACAAUUUUCACGCCCAGAUAAAGAUUUUCUGUUUCAAGCGAGUUAUGACCAUGAAAGCAGGAGUGCUGAUUGCUCAAAAUGUGAACCGGACCAACUAGUGGCGCGCACAACACGAGAAACCAAAGGGCCCGUCAUUCAUUAUGGUCUGAUUGCGUCUGGGAACCAAGUCAUGAAAAGUGCCACAACACGAGACGCCGUUGCCCAAGAGCUAAAUAUCCUCUGUUUUGAAAUGGAAGCAGCCGGGCUGAUGGAUCAAUUGCCAUGUCUUGUCAUCAGAGGAGUUUGCGACUAUUGCGACUCGCAUAAGCACAAAAAAUGGCAAGGAUACGCCGCUCUCACUGCCGCUGCUUACACCAGGGCUCUUCUGGGAGUAGUCCCUCUAUACAGCCAUGGCCAAAGUAGUGACGCAAAAGAAGCGCGCCACUGGAUGGUACCCUUUGCUCGAAAUCGCCGAUUCGUUGGCCGUCAACAGGAGAUUGAUUAUCUUGAAAGGUUUAUUAUUCAUGCAACAAGCCCGACCAAGGUUGCUAUUCAUGGACUAGGAGGGAUUGGCAAAACACAAAUCGCCCUAGAACUGGCCUACCGCAUGCGAGAAAGUGUCCCCGAAUGCUCCAUUUUUUGGAUUCCGUGUAUCAACUACGAGAGUGUGCAACAAGCCUACGUCAACAUUGCCUCGGCUCUAGGCAUUUCGCACAUAGAGCCAGCGAAGAUGAAAGAACAAAUCAAAGCUCAUCUUAGUCAAGACAUCGCCGGAAAGUGGCUUCUGAUUUUUGACAACGCAGACAAUAUGGAAAUGUGGACCAAGGGGAGCGCGACUGCGCCACCGCUCAAAGAUGAUCUCCCCCGCAGUGAGAACGGUCAUAUUCUCUUUACCUCACGCAAUCGAAAGCUAGCUGUGAAAGUGGCAUCACCAAAUGUUCUGUCUAUUCCCGAUAUCGAUCAAAUCACUGCCACAAAGAUUCUAGAAAGUUCACUCAUCCAAGAGGGUCUACUGCAUGACAAAUAUACAACUAACGCUCUCCUUGAGCAGCUUGGAUUUCUACCGCUCGCAAUAAACCAAGCCGCUGCCUACAUAAAUGAAAACGAGAUCGUGCUAUCAGAUUAUCUGUCACUAUUGAAAGACCGAGAGACAGACGCAGCCGAGCUGUUGUGUGAGGAGUUCCAGGAUGACGGACGAUACGCCGAGACUCAAAACCCAGUGCUUACUACCUGGUUGAUCUCCUUUCAACAGAUCCAUGACUUGGAUAAAUUGGCAGCGGAAUAUCUGUCAUUCAUAGCCUGCAUUAACCCACGAGAUAUCCCGCAGUCGAUUCUUCCAUCUCCAACUUCGACAAAAAAAAAGGUUGAUGCACUAGGUCUUUUGAGCGCGUAUUCCUUUAUCAGCAAACAGGCUGGUGGAAGCUCAUUUAGUCUUCAUCGACUUGUGCAUCUUGCCACACGGAACUGGGUGAGGAGAAGGGGGUCCUUUGAUCUUUGGGUACGCAGGGCAACUCAGCAAUUGGAUGAUAUCUUCCCCGAUGAUGACCACAACAACCAAGGUCUAUGGAGGGACUACCUACCGCACGCACUCUAUUUGAUGAAGAGUGAAGAAUUCCAUAAUAUUCACUAUGAGUUCGUUAACUUUUCUUCAAGGGUAGGAAGAUCUCUACACAGUGAUGGAAGGUAUCAUGAGGCAAAAGCUCUGCUUGAUGAAUGCCUGGAAGCCCACGAGAGAAACCUUGGUCCAGAGCACCCCGACACUCUCGCCAGUGUUAGCAACCUUGGUUCAGUGCUUCGAAAACAGGGUAAAUACAAAGAGGCCAAAGCUAUGCACCUUCGAGUACUAGAAGGCAGAGAGAAAGCUCUAGGAUUAGAGCAUCCCGACACUCUCGACAGUGUUAGUAAGCUUGGGUCAGUGCUUAGGCGACAGGGCAUUUAUAAGGAGGCCGAGGCCAUGCACCGCCGAGUAUUCGAAAGUAGGGAAAAAGCUCUAGGACUAGAGCAUCCCGACACUCUUGACAGUAUUAGUAAAAUUGGGUCGGUCCUUCGACGAGAGGGCAAAUAUAAAGAGGCUAAAGAAAUGUACUACCGAGCACUAGAGGGCAGAGAGAAAGCUCUAGGACUAGAGCAUCCGAAAACUCUUACUACUGUCAACAAUCUUGGUUCAGUGCUUCAACGACAGGGACAGUACGAAGAAGCCGAAGCUAUGCACCGCCGAGCACUAGAAGGAAGAGAGAAAGCUCUAGGACUAGAGCAUCCCACCACUCUCGCUAGUGUCGACAAUCUUGGUAAAGUGCUUCAUCAACAGGGCCUAUACAAAGAGGCAGAAGCUCUACACCGCCGAGCACUAGAAGGCAGAGAGAAAGCUCUAGGACUAGAGCAUCCGAAAACUCUUACUACUGUCAACAAUCUUGGUUCAGUGCUUCAACGACAGGGACAGUACGAAGAAGCCGAAGCUAUGCACCGCCGAGCACUAGAAGGAAGAGAGAAAGCUCUAGGACUGGAACAUCCGAACACUCUCACUAGUGUCAACAAUCUUGGUUCAGUGCUUCAACGACAGGGACAGUAUAAAGAGGCCGAAACGAUGUACCGCCGAGCACUAGAAGGCCGAGAAAGAGCUCUAGGACUAGAGCAUCCUAACACUCUGACUAGUAUUUACGAUCUUGGUAUGGUGCUUGACCUACAGAGCCAGUACGAAGAGGCCGAAGCUAUGCACCGCCGAGCACUAGAAGGAAGAGAGAAAGCUCUAGGACCAGAGCAUCCUGAUACUCUCGCCAUCAAAGAACGUAUUACCCUAACUUCCGUCCAAGAAGAAGCAAGACAUCCUGUAGAAAGGGUUCUUCACAAUCACCCUCUUUUCACAUUCUUGCUUAGUACUUCCUCUGUGCCUCCAUAUUAUGACUUGAGCGAGAUUGAUUAA